ACUCGACCCACACUAAGGGAAAGGAACGCCACACGCUUCUUCUCCCCCCUUCAAUCCCACCGACCGCUUCGGCAUCCUCGGAAUCUUCUCCUGCCUUUCUUCCUUCCUCUGCUUCCCCCUCCGGCCUUCCUCCCCCAUUCUUUUCUUUUCCCUUCCGCGGAUCUUUCUCUGAUUCCUCUUGACUGAAGCUGUCAAAACGCCCAACAAGUCCUGUCUCCAAUAAUUCCUGCUGCAACCACCAUGUGCGUCGACAAGAACCAGGUUGAGGAGGGUGAGAGUUGUGAAGGAUUGGAGUUCUCCGAGAACCAGACCGAGAGGAGCCCUGAUUCCGAAAAGCCCUGUAUGGAGAGAAUAUGCGAGAAUUCAACCACUGUGAACAGCGGGCUAAAAGAGUCUGUGGAUUUUGUCCCAGUCAUCCGAUCAGGAGAGUGGUCUGAUAUUGGCGGUCGUGAUCGCAUGGAAGAUACUCAUGUGUGCAUAUCCGACCUAGCUAAGAAGUUUGGAUAUCAUUCUACCGAUGAGAGUGUCAUUUCUUUCUAUGGAGUUUUUGAUGGACAUGGAGGACAAGGUGCUGCACAUUUUGUCCGUGAUAAUUUACCUAGGGUCAUUGUGGAAGAUGCUGAUUUCCCUCUUGAGCUCGAGAAGGUAGUCACAAGGUCAUUUAAGCGAACCGACACUCAAUUUGCAAGGACGUGUGAUCUUGAAUCCUCACUGUCUUCUGGCACCACUGCACUCACUGCGAUGAUAUUUGGGAGAUCUCUAUUAGUUGCUAAUGCUGGGGACUGCCGAGCAGUGCUUUCCCGGCUCGGGACGGCAGUGGAGAUGUCCAAGGAUCACAGGCCUUGCUGCAUCAACGAACAGACACGCGUGAAAUCUCUUGGCGGCAGCAUCAAAUAUGGCUACUUGAACGACCAGCUCGAGGUUACCCGAGCUCUAGGUGAUUGGCAUCUCCAAGGCAUGAAAGAGAUUGGUGAGCCAGGUGGACCGUUGAGUGCCGAACCGGAGCUCAAGAUGGUGACCUUAACAAAAGAAGAUGAGUUCUUGAUCAUAUGCAGCGACGGGAUAUGGGAGGUUUUCACGAGUCAGAAUGCUGUCGACUUUGCACGCAGGCAACUCCGGGAACACAACGACAUGAAACUGUGCUGCAAAGAGCUGGUCCAGGAGGCAUUACGGCGAGGUGCCACGGACAAUCUGACUGCUGUGAUGGUAUGCUUCCAUUCAGAGUUGCCUUCAAAGACAAAGGUUCAGAGGACAAGAGUGCACAGAAGCAUCUCUGCAGAAGGGCUGCACUAUCUCAGAAGCAUUUUAGAAGGUUAAUCCAUGACGGUGUUGGCCUUCGCAUUCUGAGUCUCAGGCUGUGUUCGUAUGUUGGUAAUAUAGUUUAUAUAUUAAUGGUAAAAUUAGUUCUUAAAAGAGUUUGCAAAUGAGCGGAAGAACAACUUUAUCGUUAUACCAAGUCUCAUCGUUGUCGUAGAAAUAUGCCCAAGGAAUUAAUGAUACUUGAAGUUGCAUGAAUGUAAAGUGUCUGUAAUCAAUUACCAUAUGCAAGAAUGAGGACAAGGGUAAAGGACUGACACCUCAAUAGCUCAUGUCAAUUACAGGUUCUGCUUCUUCUGCUCA